CUCCAAUUGGCCGGGUCAAUUCGCGGGGUAACCGGGGUACAUGUAUCAGCAUCCGGGACCCCACUCGGCUGUCUGGGGUACCGCCGGGACUACUCGUAUGUACCUGUACUCCGGAUGCAUGUAUUCAUGUUGCAACGAAACAACACCCACCAGAUAUCCGGUUAAGCUGCAAGAGAUCUCCAAUGGAUACUCAGAGCAUCCCCGGUGCACCCAGUGAAGCGCGGGUGAACAAUUCUAGGCGGAAAGGCUCCCAGGAUUCCAAGUGUGCUGUUUGCAACCGCGUUUUCACCCGCAAGGAGCAUCUUCUGCGCCACUCCAGAACCCAUACUCAAGAUGUCCCUUUCAAAUGCAAGGUAUGCAGCAAACGCUUCCAACGACAAGAUGUUCUCCAACGUCACUUCAAGAACCUCUGUGAUGACGGGAUUGCUCGGCAACGCUCAGGCUCAGCCCGACGGACAGCCAAGGCAUGCAACGGCUGUCGCCUGCACAAGCUGAAGUGCGACGGCGCCAUGCCGUGUCAGCGUUGUAGGCUCAAGUCGGCCUCGUGCUUGUAUGCAGGGAGUGAUGAUGGGGCUCCAUGUUUCGAUUCAUCAUCUACCGUCUUCUCCUCACGGCUCGCUGGAGACAUCAUCGUGUCCCCAGCGAGUGAACAAAUGUCCCCUCCAGUUGUGCGUCACGCCAACGAUACUCCGUCACCGGUUCUUCCAGUUGAGACUUUUUGCGCAGCCCCAGUGACACAGGUUAACUCUGCUGAACUUGCAGAGGCACUGGCGUCCGCACCGGAAAUGUUAGCCAUGACUGAGACAUCAUCUGGACUGAUCUCAUCAUUUGAUCAAAGUGCAUCGAAUUUCGACCUCGAAUCGCUCGAGUUUUGGCCUUCCAUGGACAAGCCUUUUUAUGAUCCUUUCUUCCUCACCGCCGACUUUGGGCUUUUCUUGGAAGCUACCGACGCAAACGAUGGACUUGUCCGACAAGCAUCUUCAUUGCAGCAAUGGUUUUGCAGUCCCGUUCCAUCCGACACCCCAAUCAAUACGCCGCGAAUGCCUGAAUGGCUCUCGAAUCUGCGUCCAAACAUCCAGCCACAUGACAAAGAUAUAAUUGGCUUCUUCCUGCGUAAGUUUAUAUGCCAUGUUGCGCCCAUGAUGCCUAUAUUCCAAGAUGUCGAACACGAGCCAAGCCAACCUCCCGAGCUUCUUCUCGCCAUGGCAGCAGUGGGCGGCCUAUUCUGUCCAAUCGAAGGCAGCUUCCGAAUUUCAUUGGCCAUGCAUACCGAUGCUAGGAGAUUGGCCUUGAGUCGUGUGAGUGGGCCGAGUGACUGGCCUUCUUCCUAAAUUUCUACAAAGCAUCACUGACGGAAUACAAAGGCGCUUUCGAGCGACCAAUUGAGUAUUCCAGAGGCGAUAGAUCUAGCGCAAACGGUAAGAGCUGC